AUGCUUUGGGAAAACAUCAUUGGUCAAAAAGAAAUCAAAUCUAAACUUCAGGAAUCUAUUAAAAAUAAUCGAAUAAGCCAUGCGCAAUUAUUCGUUGGAGCUGAAGGAUCUGGAGCAUUAGCUCUAGCAAUUGCUUAUGCGAGAGAAGUUUUAUGUGGUUCUGAUAAUCAUCAAUGCGCAUUAAAAGUUGAUAAAUUACAACAUCCCGAUUUACAUUUUGCUUUUCCUUAUUCGGCUACAGAUUCUGUAAAAAAACCGUUAGCCAAGUACUUAUUAAAUGAUUGGAGAACUUUUAUUUCAGAAAAUGUUUAUGGAAAUUUAACUGAUUGGAUGACACAUCUUGGAAUUGAAAAAAAACAAGGCGUAAUUCCUGUUGAUGAAGCAGAUGAAAUUGUAAAAACAUUAGCUCUUAAUAGCUACGAAGGAGGGUAUAAAAUUAUGAUUAUUUGGCAACCAGAGACAAUGACUACUGCUGCUGCAAACAAAUUAUUAAAAAUAAUUGAAGAACCACCUCAAAAAACACUUUUCAUUUUAGUUACAGAAAGAGAAGAUUUAUUGUUACAGACAAUUAUUUCUCGCUGUCAAAUAGUAAAAAUUCCAAAACUUUCAAUAAAAGAU